GCACGCAGGAUGGGGGGAGGGAGCGCACGACGUGCGCGCGCCCUCUCCCUCCUCCACCGCUGCCGCCUCCUUCUUCUGCCGCUCCUGGUGCUGCUUGUGUGCUCGUUCGGUGCGGACCUGGUACCUCUUUUGUGAAGCGGCAGCUGAGGAGACUCCGGCGCUCGCCAUGGCCGACGAAAAGCCCAAGGAAGGAGUCAAGACUGAGAACAACGAUCAUAUUAAUUUGAAGGUGGCGGGGCAGGAUGGUUCUGUGGUGCAGUUUAAGAUUAAGAGGCAUACACCACUUAGUAAACUAAUGAAAGCCUAUUGUGAACGACAGGGUUUGUCAAUGAGGCAGAUCAGAUUCCGAUUUGACGGGCAGCCAAUCAAUGAAACAGACACACCUGCACAGUUGGAAAUGGAGGAUGAAGAUACAAUUGAUGUGUUCCAGCAGCAGACAGGAGGUGUCUACUAAAAAGGGAACCUGCUACUUUACUCCAGAAUUCUGUUCCUCCAGACCAAGAAGACAUUCUCAAUUAGAAAACCGCAAUUUGGUUCCACCACAUCCUGACUACUACAGUAUAGUUUCUCUAUUCUUUCAUUUUCCCCUUCCCCAUUCCUUUAUUUUUAUACAUAAAGUAACUGGUAUAUGUGCUCAAGCAUAUUGCAUUUUUUUUAACGAAAUGGCCAACAGUAUGUUUUGAUUGACAUCAAAUGGAGAUGGAAUGGG